AAGGGCGUGCGUCCCAGGACGGAACGAUGCGCAGGGCGAUCAGCGGGUUUGCAGCCGAAUCUAUGCUAGCGAAACAGUCCAAGUAUUCAGAGAGAGUGCAAUGUGGCAGCUCAGUCGAUAUGUGAUUUUUACAAGGAAUGGAUGCGAUGGCGAAGAGGCAUGGCGAGGACAACGGUUCGCAGCCGGCUGCAGUGGCUGGAUGCAAGUCAGAAUCGCUUGCAUCCUGGGCCCUGCAAGACGCGCACCAUGAUCAGCUUGCCACGAGGCUUUCCCCAAGCUCGCGCUGCCAUGCCAUUGGCGCGCAGUCUCCCUGGAACUCGCGCUUCUUCACACAUCCCUCGCAUGAGUGUCAAGAGAGUCUCGUUGUUGAUGCAGAAACCAUCAUGCGAUAUGCGUGUGCUGCACCAGGGGGGUUUUCAAGGUGCAGGAUGACCGUCAGUUAAUGCAGUACGGCGCUUUAGACUUUAGUUAGAGGUG